UAGAAACAAAUUCGACCGUUAGAGCUCUUAUCCCAUCUCUACUCUUGCUUGUUAUCUCCCCCUGUUUCCCGUUCACUUCUUCACCGAACCAGAACAACGGGAACAAGGAGUUCCAACUUCCAAGUUCGUUUUGCUCAGAAACUCUGACAAUGGAAGCUAGCUAUGCCUUCACGGAGGAAGAAAUGGCAGUGAACGAGCAUCUUGGAUACCCGAAAGCAUAUGCGAAGCUCUGCAGAGGCAGGAGCACCGGGCCUUACAGCCUUGGCCCUCCGUUCACUUUCACACCCUACGCUCCGCAGCAGGAUGAGCUUCUGAAAGCAGAGGAGUUAGAGCUGAUGUUUCAGAUAAUUGAUCCCAAAGCGAAACCAACUGCGAAACCGAAGAUCUUCAUCAGCCUUCUGUGGAAGCAGCUCAACCACUUAGGAAAUGCCGGGUUUGAUCCUGCAGUGAUCAGGGUGGACCCUUAUGGGAAUGUCCUCUAUUUCCAUGCUGAUUCAGCCUCUCCUCUUGCUUGGGACAUUGAUCAUUGGUUCCCAUGCUCGAGAGGGGGAUUGACUGUUCCAAGCAACUUGAGGAUACUGCAAUGGCAAGCAUGCAAGAGAAAGCACAACAAGCUGGAAUUCCUCAUCCCCUGGUGGGACUUCCAGUUAGGCAUCUCUGUGAACCAGUUCCUAUCCAUCUUUGCCUCUUCAAACUCUGAUUUCAGGCAAAGGGCCUUCCCCUACCUGUUCUCCGAAGGUGAGAACGAGGAAAUAAACCCUUCUCAGUCGGUAAAUGGGCAUUCUUUCCCUCACCACUUCAUCGAAUCAAAAGAGAAACUUGGACUGGCACCCGCUGCAAUUGUGGUCACACGAAGGGAGUCUUCUCCCCGUGAUUAUUCAGUCUUGAAGUCUUUGGAUCACAAUAAACAGCUGUGGCCUCAUCAACCUGCAAUUGCCUCAAGGAAAGGGAAACCGCUGAAGGAAAACGAGAACCCCAAUCAAGGAACGAGCACGUAUCAAGCGAUAGUGAUGGCCCGAGAUUCGCUCAAACAGAAGGAGGAGUCAAAGAAGUUGCAGGCAGAACUUCAGGAGCUCGAUCAUGAGGUGACCCAUAUGAAGAGGAAGAAUGAGGAGGAGAAGGUAACGAUUCAAGACCUCGAGUUGGCACUGAUAAAGAGAAGGAGACGGGCCGAGAAAUGUAGGAGGCUAGCGGAGGCUCAGUCCUCUUAUCGGACCAUGCUCGAGAAGAUGAUCCGUGAUGCUAUGCACCAGAGUGUUGUCUAUAAGGAACAGGUGAGGCUGAAUCAGGCAGCAGCGAAUGCUCUCAUGGCGAGGCUUGAAGCACAGAAAGCGAUUUGUGAUGCCUCGGAGAAAGAACUCCACAGGAUACACAAACAGAAGGAUGUAAUCGAGAAGCAGAUUCGACCCGAGUGGGAGAAAGCAAGGAAGAGAUCGAGGGGAAACGAAGAUUUCUUGAUUAACGGCGAGGAGGAGAACCGAAAGCCAGUGCUCUACUUACCUGGGAUAAAACCGAAUACUACACCUCUACACAAGGAACUGAGGGUCUUCCUAGAGGAGGAACAAAGAGCUUCAGUGACUCGUUUUUCUCCGGUCAAUGAAGGAAAGUCCGAAGGAGGUCUUGAUGAUGAAGAAGAGCAUGAAAUCAAUGCUGUGAAUGAAAUCGAGGAGGCUUCCGAGGUGGGACAAAUUAGUAGAGGGCGGCGCAGAGAAGGGUUCUUUGCUGUUGUCAAAAAGCCCGAUAGAGAGGAGGAGGAUGGAGAGACCAGGAAGUUAAGGGGCAAAGAAAACGUCGAGAAAUGGCUUGAGAUGCUUCUCGAGAAUGUUCCCGAUGAACCAGCUCCUCAAGAGGAGGAUAAAGAUCAAAAUACAUCGACAGCCACUGAUGAUGACAUAAUCAAGAACUUGAAUAUCAAGUACCCUCCUCCUCAGAAGAAGGAGGAGGAGGAGAAGUUUAAGGAGGUCUCGGAAAAGGAAUCAUCUGAGCUGAAGAAAGACGACGAGAUAGUUGAAAUAGAAUCAACGAAACUGGUGGUUGCAGAAGCUGGGAGCGGAAGGGAGUUGGAAGGAAAAGAGAAGAAAAAGGAGAAGGUGCUGGCGAGAUCGGAGAGUGCGAGGACUUUCCGUCGAAUCCCGUCUUCUCCUUCCAUAAUACUGGGAAUGAAGAAGGGCGUCGACUGUAUUAGGAAGAAGCCUGUGGUCUUCAGCGAUGACGAGGGAGACGAGAAUUAUGCUACGAGGAGGAACUUCCUCAGCUCAUCUUUCAAGUCAAUCAAGAAAGCCGUAAAAAUAUGAUAAAAAAGCUCCUUGAGCGGGAAACAAUCUGUGUGCAGAUAAAGAGUACCUUCGUAUAUCAUUUUUUUUUUUUUUGGGUAUUGAGAUUGGAUUGGAUAUGCUGUGUACUAAUAACAGCUUGUUGUAUUUGAAUAUGAGGCGAUGUUUACAUAUGAAUUUAAGUUUGAUUGAGGGGGUGAAAA